CCUCUCCUCCUGUCUCUCUCUCCCUUUCCUCUUAAAUUCAAAACCCCGUGCAAAAAAACAAGUUCACACCACCCACUGGAACUCUCUCUGUCUCUGAGAGUAAGAAUUUCCAGUAAAACCGUUUUUUGGGUUCCAGCCCCAAUCCCAAUUCCUCCUUAUAAACCCUUCUUUUCUUUGAUUCGUUCUUUACAGUAGGGGAAAAAAGCCACAACCCGACGAACCCGAAAACGUGUUGAAAUCAUCAUUCAUUAUGGUCUUCCAACUACACUACUGACAACUUGUGCAUAUAUAUUUCCCGCACUGAAUGACACCUUCUUCUUCCUUCUUUUAAUCCCCCCAUCUCUCUCUCUCUCUCUCCCUCCACCCAGUUGAUCUGAUCCAAGCUCUUCAUCAACUAUUUGCAAGUUUUCUUUCGGAGAUUGGAAAAUGGGGAAAUCGGGCAACAGAGACUGGACCCAGAUCUACGCCAUAUACGGGCUCGACCAGUGGCAGACCAUACUGUUCCUACUCUUCCACGCCGUGCUAUUUACCAUUCUGUCCCUCCUCUACCUCACAUAUUUCGACCCCAUCACCCUCUUCUUCCACCGCCUCCUCCCCAUCGGCUCCGCCCGCUUCGCCGCCGGAUUCACCGGCUCCGUCACCGCCCUCUCCGCCCUCUGCCUCUUCUUCGCCUCCUUCCACUUCCUCCACUCCUCCCUCCCCCUCCACUACGACGUCGUCCAGCGCAUGGUCGCCUCCGUCAACGACUGGUCAACCGUCAAGCACGCCCUCGACCUCGGCUGCGGCCGCGGCAUCCUCCUCAACGCCGUCGCCACCCAGCUCAAGAAGGAGGGCAGUUCGGGCCGGGUCGUCGGGUUGGACCGGUCCAAGAUGACCAGCCUUUCCACCUUGCGGACCGCCAAGCUGGAAGGUGUCGGGGAGUACGUGACCUGCCGUGAGGGCGACCCCAGGAGAUUGCCGUUCGGGGACAACUACUUCGACGUGGUGGUAUCCGCCGUGUUCGUCCACACCGUAGGGAAGGAGUACGGGCAUCGGACGGUGGAGGCUUCGGCGGAGAGGAUGAGGGUGGUCGGUGAGAUGGUCCGGGUCUUAAAGCCCGGUGGGUCCGGGGUGGUGUGGGACCUACUGCACGUUCCGGAAUACGUGCGGAGGCUGCAGGAGCUGAAGAUGGAGGACAUUCGGGUCUCGGAGCGGGUCACGGCCUUCAUGGUCAGCAGUCAAAUCGUGUCGUUUCGGAAGCCCAGUCACCACUAUUUUGGGCUCGGAGAGGUCAGGCUGGACUGGAGAUGCUGAUUUUUUGAAGCCCAAACCCGGCCCAUAUAUAUCCAAACAGUAUAAUUUUACCUAUAUGAAAUACAUAACAACCACAACUUUUAAGAGCUUGAUUAAUGAUGGGAUUAAUCAAACGAUUAAUGGGUUUUUAAUUCCGGGUUUUAUUUUGUAAUGUCUGGAGAGGCGAAGCUGACCCAGAUGGCCAGAUGCUAAAUAUACAUGUAUAAUUUUAGUUCA